GACUGGAGUCCCGCCUGCGCCUUGGUCUUGGGGCUGUAGGUGCCGAGUCUCCCGCCCAGUCAGGAACCGACCAUGGCGUCCUCUACGCCCAGCGGAGUGGUGGUAAUCGUUGGCAGUGGACUCAUUGGGCGGAGCUGGGCUAUGUUGUUUGCCAGUGGAGGCUUCAAGGUGAAACUCUAUGAUAUUGAGCAACAGCAGAUAACAAAUGCCCUGGAAAACAUCAGAAAGGAGAUGAAGUUGCUGGAGCAGGCAGGUUCCCUGAAAGGCUCUCUGGGUGUGGAGGAGCAGCUGUCACUCAUCAGUGGCUGUUCCAACCUCCAGGAAGCAGUAGAGGGCGCCAUGCACAUUCAGGAAUGUGUUCCAGAAAAUCUAGAACUGAAGAAGAAGAUUUUUGCUCAGUUAGAUCGCAUCAUCGACGACAGAGUGGUCCUAAGCAGCUCCAGCUCUUGCCUCCUGCCUUCCAAGCUGUUUUCUGGGUUGGCGCACGUGAAGCAGUGCAUCGUGGCUCAUCCUGUGAAUCCACCAUAUUACGUUCCGCUGGUUGAGCUGGUCCCACACCCUGAGACAGCCCCUGCGACGGUGGAUAGAACCUACGCUCUGAUGAAGAAGCUCGGACAGUCCCCGGUGCGCAUGCUGAAGGAGGUAGACGGCUUCGCCCUGAACCGCCUGCAGUAUGCGAUCAUCAGCGAGGCCUGGAGGCUGGUGGAGGAAGGAAUUAUAUCUCCCAGUGAUCUCGAUCUUGUGAUGUCGGAUGGGUUGGGCAUGCGCUAUGCAUUUAUCGGACCCCUGGAGACUAUGCACCUCAACGCUGAAGGCAUGUUAAACUAUUGUGACAGGUAUGGUGAAGGCAUGAAACGUGUCCUGAAGACUUUUGGACCCACUCCAGAGUUUUCUGGGGCCACAGCUGCAAAAGUUAACCAGGCCAUGUGCAUGAAGGUUCCUGAUGACCCAGUGCACCUAGCUGCCCGAAGGCAGUGGAGGGACGAAUGCCUCAUGAAACUUGCCAAACUGAAAGGCCAGAUGCAGUCCCAGUGACUGUCUCGUAAUACACCUGUCACUCCUCUCAUUGGAAGCCCUGUUUGGGAAAUUAUAAGCACUUAAUCAGAUCUCUCUUAAGCAAUCAGAAGCCCAGCUGUCCUAGCAAGAUGAUUCUGAACUUGGUCCCCGGUGUUUAGCCUGGGUCUCUGGCCCCUCUGGGCCAUACCGUUGUACUUGGGUGUGACCGCACACUUGCACUCUGAGGGCUGUGGAUUUUCUGCCACCUGGGCAAAUAGCCUGAAGAUUUUUACCUUUUAUUCUCAGUGUGAUUACAUGUUAUAUUUUACAGCCAAUGAUUGCAGUUUCAUGUUAUUUCCAUCUGUAGCAAAAUAUUUUUAUGAUUAUCUUCUAAUCUCUUUCUGGCCCUGAAUUUCUGAAGUGACUGCCUUCAUUUCGGUAAUACUUACUCAGAAUAAAAGUUUUUGAUUCCA